UGAGUCAUCAUUAAACUCAGGAGAGAGGAAGUGAAAAGACAGAUUGGAAUAAUUGAUUAAGAUUUCAUAUCCUACCAAAUGGUUCGAAAACGAUUUCAAGACGCAAAAACAGGUUUCAAAUUGCUGAACUCGGUGACUGUACAGAAGUACCUGAAGAAGGUGGGACUGGGAAAAGAAGAUUAUCACUUCUGGAAACAAGUGGGGAAGGCUUUGUUAUGCACUUACACCAUCUUCGGCAUAGCGUGGCUGUACAAUGAAACCUCGCCGUUUGGGUGGUGGACGCUGAAGCCAAGGCCGAAGGAGGAGAGAGAGCUGGCCCAUCUCUAUGAGCGGCGGGAGUUCCCGUACCCAGGUGAUGCGGAAGCAAUGGAGGAGUUCAUAGCCAAGGGAGGCAUGAUUGGCACCACCAUUGGCCCAAAAGGAAUUGUGGAGACGGAUAAAGAUGCAUUAAAUUAUCAGGAGGAGUUGCAGAACAAGAAGUUUGAGCAGGAGGCACUGAAGCUGUGGUUCAGGAUGAGGAAUGAGGUCAUUGCAGAGCUUCAAGAGAAAGGGUAUGAUGUUGAGUAAAUGUCUUCCGUUAUAUAAAUUCACAUCAUGAAUUGCUUAAUGCAAAAGCUAUGCUUUUGUAUUGAUGUCUUUGCGUUGUUGGCACGACUUCAGACCCAAGUGGCAACUUGAGUGCUAAUCUAUCGAUGCUAUAUUAUCUUUGGUUUACUUAGAAUAUUUGUGCAUUUCUUU